UAAACCAAGCCAGCGGUGGAGCCUGAGACAGCGCGAGCUCUGUUAGUUAGCAUCGGCAGCUACCUUAAAGCGGCAGCGCCCUUCACGAGGAGCGGCGGGUGGGGUUUGUUUUAUAACGGUUUAUUUUGUGUCCUGUGGAUGGAGGAAGAGCGCGGGGUUCGGGGUAUGAGCUAAAUAUUUACAUGAAUGUCUCAGAGGAGGAGGCGGAACCGUCAGCUAGCAUCUGCGCUAAUAAAGGAGAGAAUCUGCGACAAAAAAAUCUGCUGAAAAUGACUUCCGCUUUCUGUCGCUGAGGUGUUUAUAUCACAGACAGAGGUGAAGAAGGAGAGAGAGAGAGAGAGAGGUGAUGGAGAUGUGAAAGCACGCUGGGAAUAAUGAUGAGUAACGUUAACGUGAACGCGCAGGACCGGAGUCCAGACUUCGUGCUCAUGCGCUUGGUUUCUGCAGCCGAGUAUGAUGACCUGGAGCCGGACCGUGAGGAGGUGCUGUCCGCUCACCAGAGACCGGAGAAGAGCACAGGAGGAGGAGGAGGAAGAGAGGAGCCCAACUACAGCGCGGACACACAGACAUGUCAGUGGAUCCCUGUGCUCAGGCUCAGUACCGGUGAGGAACCUCAGGAACUUCAGGAAGGACUCUGUCACAGACACGCGCACAUGAAGGAGCAUUCUAUAGUGGACAAAUCUGGUCACUUCGCUCCCAACGACUCCCUCAAACCCGGGACUGGAACCUCCACCCUGGAUCCUGUCCUGAACCUGGCUCGGCAGCUGGGUGAGAUCGGACCGAGCUCGGACACGACGAGAAAGGAGCACACAGACACGUCUCUUUCGUCCUAUCAGCCCGGAGAGGACCCGAGUGAGACCAGCGAUGCCCUGCUGGUGCUGGAGGGUCUGGGUACCAGCCAAGUGGGACACAAGGGGGAGAAAGAUCAGACGAGUUUUGCUCAGACUCUGAGCGACUCCGCGUCUCUGAGUGGUCUGAUGCGCCAGCUGACCUCUGACCCCUGCCGUCAGGAUGCCGCCAGCCCCUCGGCUCCCCCGAGUCGCCCGCCCACUCCGAAACACGUAGGCUCGGCCCUGCGGCUCUCGGCCUGCGGCGGCGGGGGGAGCGGGGAGAGGGAGAAGGACAGGGGGAAGUCCAGGAAGGGUUCUCUCAAGGUGUGUCUGAGUAAACUGUUCCGCACUAAAAGCACCGGUAGCACUGCCGGAGGUCACCUGACCGACAAGAGGCCGUCCCUCGCUUCGUCCACUUCGUCCGGAGGAAGCCUGGUCGAAGUGUUCGGCCCCGGUGAUCUGGACACCUCCAGGUCUCAGAUGUCCAGACCUCAGAGUGCCUCCUUCUCUCCUGUUCCCUUCACCGGUGAGACUGUGUCUCUUGUAGAUGUGGACUUUUCUCGAAGGAGUGUAAACUCUCUCCAUCCUCCCACUCCUCCUCCUCCCCCCAGGAGAAGUCUCAGCUUGCUCGAUGAUCUGGCAGCACCUCAGCCUGGACGGUUACUCUCCUCAGCGCAGUCACUACAGCCUUCACACACACACACACACACACACAUCCACCACAGCCUGAGUCUGAACGAUACGUCUCUCUGCAGUGUUCCACCCAGGCCACGCCCCAUCCAGAACGACAGCCAGUCAAGCGGUCCACUGCAGCGGCGGUCACUGUUGUGUCCUCUGACCAGCAGCUUCGCUACCAGCCUCCGGGAGCUGGAGAAGUGUGGGUGGUACUGGGGACCGAUGAACUGGGAGGAUGCGGAGAUGAAGCUGAAGGGGAAGGCAGAUGGCUCGUUCCUGGUGCGAGAUAGCUCUGACCCGAGAUACAUCCUGAGCCUCAGCUUCAGAUCUCAAGGCGUCACACACCACACCCGCAUGGAGCACUACAGAGGAACGUUCAGUCUGUGGUGUCACCCAAAAUUUGAGGAUCGUUGUCACUCAGUGGUGGAGUUUAUUGAGCGAGCCAUCAUGCACUCCAAAAACGGACGAUUCCUUUACUUCCUGCGCUCACGAGUUCCAGGUCUUCCCCCUACCCCAGUGCAGCUUCUGUAUCCAGUGUCUCGGUUCAGCAGUGUGAAGUCUCUGCAGCACCUCUGUCGCUUCUGCAUCAGACAACUCGUCCGCAUAGACCACAUAGAGGAGCUCCCACUGCCCAGACCUUUGAUCGGGUAUCUACGGAAAUUUUACUUCUAUGAUCCAGAAGAGGAGAAGAACCUGUCAAUCAGAGAACCAGGGCGGGACUCCAGUGCACAGGAGGCGGAGUCUCAGACGUAGCAGGAGCAGAAGAUGGAUAGAGUUUUUAUUUUUAUGAGGAAUACACAGACCUGCUGAGACCAAACCUGCUGGACUUGUGAUGGACUGCUGGACUACUGACCUGUGGUUUUCAUAAACACUGAAGGACCUAGUCACUUCUUCUGGAGGUGUUGUGAUUGUAGUGGAGUUUCUAACAAUGAUCCUCCCUCCAGGAGGGAUGGGGAAGUGGAAACCUGCAGCUGGACCAGAUGUUGGUGUGAAGAUGUUCUGAUGCAUUGAUCAUGGAGACGAGCGAUCACAUGUGGAACUGUGACCAGUUUCUGCUGACAUACGAGGUUCUACUCAUACUUGUGUUCUCUCAUGGUCAGUGUAAGGGUAAGGUGUGUGUGUGUGUACAUAGCGUGUGUAUGGUGUAUUUGGAGAAGAUCUCAUCUCAAUGACUGUUCAAACUGGAACCACAGGGUUCUGUAACUGGACUGUGUUCUCUUAAACUCAUCACACACAGCGAAAUAAACAAUGAGCUGAAGAUAAAAAUAAACUCGUUUCUGUUUAU